CCUGUCCAAUGAUUCAACAUUCAUUCAUAUGAUUCUGAGCCAAACCCAUAUCAUUAACUUACAGCAAAACCAUUGAAGAGGGUUCAAUUUUGUUCAGAGCUUCUAAAUUGGGAGCAAAAAAUGGAGAUUGUGAUGGUGGGGGUUUGCAUGUUGGCCAUGGGGUUCUUUCUUUGCUUUGGUCUUCUGAAGUGGAAUGGGAUAAGGUACAGUGGGAAAGGGUUGCCUCCAGGGACUAUGGGAUGGCCUGUCUUCGGAGAGACAACGGAGUUUCUGAGGCAAGGUCCAGAUUUCAUGAAACACAAGAGAGCAAGAUAUGGAAGUGUUUUCAAGUCCCACAUACUAGGUAGUCCUACGAUUGUGUCCAUGGAUCCAGAGCUCAACAGAUACAUCCUCCUGAAUGAAGGAAAGGGUCUUGUCCCCGGCUACCCUCAAUCCGCGCUCGACAUACUAGGGAAAUCCAACAUUGCUGCUGUACACAGAUCCGAUCACAGACGCAUACGAGGAUCAUUUCUCUCUCUCGUCAACCCUUCCAUGCUCAAAGACCAACUCCUUCCCAAGAUCGAUAAGAACAUGAGAAUCCACCUCCGCGAUUUGCAAGGCAAAACUAUUGAUAUCCAAAUGAUAACCACUGAUAUGGCUUUGCUGAUAGCCUUCAAGCAGAUAAUGGAAAUUGAAUCAGAUUCUAUCUAUGAGGCUUUCAAAGCAGAGUUUGAUAAGCUGAUGGCGGGGACACUUUCGCUGCCAAUCAACAUUCCCGGAACAACUUACCAUCGUGGUUUCCUGGCAAGAAAGAGUGUCCUUGGAAUUUUGAGAGAUGUCAUGGAGGAGAGGAGAAAUUCCUUGAUGAAGAAUUAUGACAUGCUGGACUAUCUGCUAAAGGAAGAGGAUCCAAGAUACAAACUCAAUGAUGAGGAAAUUCUUGAUCAAGUAGUUAUGAUUCUAUAUUCGGGUUUCGAAACCGUAUCGACUACUUCAAUGAUGGCCAUCAAGUAUCUUCAUGAUCAUCCAUCAGCUCUUCAAGAAAUCAGAGAUGAGCAUUUUGCAAUAAGAGGAAGGAAAAAGCCAGAAGAGCCACUUGACUGGAACGAUUACAAGUCGAUGGUUUUUACGCGUGCGGUGAUAUUUGAAACAUCAAGAUUGGCCACAGUUGUCAACGGGGUUUUGAGAAAGACAACCGAAGGAAUGGAAUUGAACGGAUAUUUUAUCCCAAGAGGAUGGAGAAUCUAUGUUUAUACAAGGGAGAUCAAUUACGAUCCUUUCCUAUAUCCAGAGCCUCAGAAAUUUAAUCCGUGGAGAUGGCUGGAAAAGAGCUUGGAAUCUCACAACUACUGCUUCUUGUUUGGAGGGGGAACCAGGCUUUGUCCGGGAAAGGAGUUGGGAAUAGUUACAAUUGCGAUAUUCCUUCACUACUUCGUCACUAGAUACAGAUGGGAAGAAGUUGGGGAAGAGAAGCUUCUAAAAUUCCCUAGAGUUGAAGCACCAAAUGGAUUGCACGUGAGGGUGUCGAAGUACUAACAUUUUGAACUCGGUAGAAAUAUGCAGAAAUUUAGCGUAAACAGAACUGAAGAACAUUUUGUCUUUGAACAUAAUGAAAAUUUCAUGUUCCUGUUCAACACAUUCAAAUUGGAGUCCUGAAACUUGUCUAGACAUAGCUGUAAUGCAAUCCGUCCCCAUUCAAUCCCUUACUGGGUAUCCAAUAACAUGGUCUAAUUUAAUGCCGAAGUUCACGCGG